GCUUGAUAAACUGUGUGCCGUCUUAUGCUACUAUAAACGACAUGUGGACAAGAAGAGAUGGCAUGUAGUUUAAGGAUAUAGAUCUUUGAAUAAACGACGUCGUCUUCUUUCCAAUCCUCUUUCUCCGGGACUCUGGAGUCGCCGAAGCUGAAACUUCUUCAUCCAUCAUCAUAUCAUAUGAAUUUUUUCUAGUGAUCUUCUUUUUGAUUGAGAACAUGAGUGAUCAAGAAGGAGACUGGGAUUUUUACCUCAGAAUCCUAAGCAACAGCGCGCGGGAUUCUACGGAUCCUGCUUCUGAUCCAUCUAUACUACAAUCAGUGAAGAAGCUGCAUGGGUUCUGUAAAAUGGAGAAAUCAGAUGAUCUUGUGGCUAGAAUUUAUCCACAAUUCAAUAAAGUCUUCCAUCGUUCGGUUGCUUCACUAUCUCAGUCCGAGUCAGGGGCGUCCAAAGGCCUUCUCUUGCUAGCCAUUCUUCAGUUUUUUCUUGAUUUUGGGGAUAUGGUUCUGCACGAUUCUGACCCAAGUUUGAGGACAUUCUUCCGCUCAUGUCUUAGCCGUGAGUUCUCAGAUGCCGCUGUGGCAGAGGCAACUUGUGAAUUCCUUGUUGUGAACCAAAGAAAGCUCUUAGCAUCUUUCCCAAACUUACUCCCUCAGUUUUUCCCGUUGUUGCUUAAGCUCAUUGCCUGGAAUUGGGAGAAGUUGGAGAAGUCCUUCCUGAAGAUAUUUCCAGGACUGAUAUCACCUGGGUCAUUUCUUCCUCUGUUUCCAUCCAUUGUAGACUUGCCAAUAUUGGUCGUGGCAUUAGAAAAGGUGGAAAGGAGCUCGGGGUCGGGGUCAAGGGUUGGAGGUAGCAUUGCUUCAAUUCAGAAGAGUGCAGCUCCGGAGAUGCUUCUUGCCCUUAUGGAUGAAGCAUAUACUGGUUCAACCAUCGGGGAUGGAGGGGAUGACUCUGAAUCUGAAGAUAACAAUACAAUAGAUGUAGCUGAUCCUCUGUUUCUGGAGCUUCUGAAGGACGAAAAUGAUGGUCUAGCGGAAAGACACCGCGCUUCUCCUACAUUGAAUGCAGCGCUGCAGGCUGCUGCAAGUGGUCCUCGGUCAGAGAGGAUGAAGCAGACUCUUAAGAUUGCUCCCCGACUUCUUGAUGUCUACUUUAGUGUUACAUUGCGAGAUGCAAAUGACUCUCUGAUCUGUGCUUUAAUCCCUCUACUCAUGACAAGAAACUCUACAAUGUUUCCGGAUAAGAUUUUUUCUCAUGAGAUCCGUAGGAGGCUACUGGAAUUUGUACUAGCUGCAUUUCAGAGGUCUCCAAAUUUCAUUGCCCUGUUGAAAAAGCCUAUUAUUGACCGACUUGGGGAAGCUUACGAUGAUGUUGCAAAGAGAGAGUUAGCCUUACAGCUAUGUUGGGCAAUUGGAGAGUAUGGUGGUGGGGGAGAAUCUCACAAGGAAGCUGCUCGAGAGCUUUUUGAAAGUUUAGAGUUGCUUGUAUAUGAGAAUCUCUCAUCAAGCCGCCUAGGUUUGAGGCAAGAAUCUGGGAAUGGUUCAAGAAGAACAACACAGUCAAGACUUCUGUGUUUUGUAGUGACAGCUAUCGCAAAGCUCGCAACAUAUCACCGAGAAUUAUUACCAAGAGCCCGCGUCGCCUUGGGAAAGGUAGUAAAGUCUCGGAUAUCUGAUGCAAGGGUUUGGAGACGAGCACAUGAUUACUUAGGACUAAUGAACGAACCAGGAAUCUGUUGGUCUGUGUUAGGACCUUCACGGGUUUCAGAAAAACGGUUUCCAGGCACAGUUAACUGGAGCGAGGGUGGACAAAAAAUGGUUGCACACAUUCCAUUUCACAUUCUUAGUGAACAAGGAGGUCCUCCAUUCCAUGACUUUGCUUUCUCCGAUAUCAUCCCCAAAAACUAAUCAAACAAACAAGUCUCUUAAAUUGUGUUUUAUUGUGAAUAGUGAAACUCAAAGGUGUUUGUGUUUGUAUACAUCGGCAUCUCUUUUUUUUCUAGCAGAUGUAGUUUUGUAACCUUCUUGACUAUGGUUCGUUCAAACUUGGCAAAAUUCUUAAUCAGACCCGGUUGGAUCCGGUUUAAAUUUGGAAGAAAUUUACAAAAGAAAAUUUAGUCCGACCCAAUUAUGACGAA